AUGAUUGAUAAUUUUUCUAAAUUUAUCAAUCUUGUAAUAAUACUAGGUAUAGAAGCUGACACUAUAAUUGAUGCCUUUAGAUGUGAGUGGCUCUUAAGAUAUCCUCACCCUUCUAUAAUCACAACAUAUCAAGGAACCCAAUUUAUGAAUAACAACUUUAAAUCACUUUUAAAUCGUUAUUCUAUAACACAUUAA